UACGUUCUUCCCUUAUCGGAUCUCCUCUUCGCCCCUUCUUCUCGCGUCGAACAUCGUCGCGUUAACGAAUGGCGAGUGUACCAAGUGUGACUUGGGCGAUUCGAAUCCUACUUGUUUUCCCCCCUCCAAAUCCUAUUCCUUUCUCUCUUUCGUGGCACACGCAUAAGCGCGCGCGCGCGCGCGCACCAACACUAUUCUCUCGCUCGCUCGCUGUACUUUCUGGGAUAGCACCGUGUAGCUUUUGGCGCGAUUUCACGCGCACGCGCUUUCCACGCGCGAAAAAAUGUCAUUUUUCGAUCGUUCGUGUCGAUUUGCUUUCGUAAUGACUUCGUCGACGAAUAGACUGUUCCGUGACGGACGAUGACGUCUUCUUCGAACCUUCGAGAGUAUAUAAUUUAGUUUGUACGGCGAACGUGCGAUUGGAUUCGACGAUAGUACCGGAAAACAUCCUUUGAAAAUGCGCGUUCUCCUUUCUCGGUUUACAUCUUCGCCGAAAGAACGGUUCUUCGUUUUGCCGCGGCCGACAUGUGUUUACGAGAGCGAUGCACGUGGUCGCACGCCGUAUUCUUCGAUCGUUCGUCCGAGAAGAUACACGAUCGGAAUAAUCUUGCGAUCAUGUUGGAUCCAAGCGUAUUGACGGAUUUGGAGGAGCUGACGCUUUGCAAUUACUGCAAGCAGAAGUACAACGAUGCAGAGCAAUGUCCGAAAUAUCUUAGCUGCAAACACUACUUCUGCUUGCGUUGCAUAGAAAACAAUUUGUUAAAGGGGCGUGAUCUAUUCUGUGCGCACUGUUGGAAGAGGACCGAUCUCGGAGAUCAAGGACCGGACGCUUUGCCGACUCAUUCUCCGCUCCUUGCCCUAGCCAACAACUUGUCUCAUUUAAAGAUCACAUCGAACAGCACGUCUAAUAAAUGCGUCGACAAAGAGAGAAAGAGUGAAAAUUGUCACACUCAUGGAAUGCCUUUGGCUCUUUGGUGCGCAACAUGCUGUACGGCACUUUGCAGAGCGUGUGCAACGCCUCAAGAACAUCCGGGACAUCAGAUUAAGUCGCAAACCGAUGCCAAAGAACAACUUAUAUCCGAUGUCCAAUUGGAACUAGUCGCCAUGGGGAAGCUGUCGAACGAGAUACAAAGACUGGCAAUGCAGCAACGAGAAUUCUUAAUAAAAGUUUUGGAGGCGUGUGUAACGCUGAAGACGCACGUGGAAACGGAUCUACAAAACGGUUGGAGUCAUUUUCCAGAAAUUACGGAUGCCCGUGAAACUUUAGGAAAAGCAAAGGCCAGUCUGUCGAUGAUCGAUAGCCCUAGCGAUGUUUACAGCUUGCACUCUCAAUUGAUCGUCGAGAAGCAAAGGUUGCAAUCCAAGUACCAAGAGAUGAUGUUGCAAUGUCAGCUGGACGAUCUGAUAGGAAAUUCCGGAGUCGUUUUCGACUUUGCUCUUUUGAAACAAGCGUUGGCGGGUAUACAUACAGGAGAAUCGAUCGUUUCUCAAACCUCUGGUAACGGCGGUAGAUUGGCCAAUCAUCUGACGGCUUCGCAAAAUCCUAUACUGUUCCUCGCGAAUUAUUGUAUGUCGCAAUUGUACUCGAGACACCUCGUUAGCAAGCAACACAUGCAGAAUGGCUCGAUCGAGUAUCAUUCGGGUAUGAUGGGCCCGCAACAAGCUCCACCUGGGCCGGUUCACGUUCAUCAAGGUCCACCACAGCCGUCUCAAAACAAUCCUCAGCAACAGCAGCAGUCGCAAUCGCAACAGCAGCUUCUUAUCCCACCCGGUUCGCCGUCCGUAAAGCCCGUUCCACCUGCACCACCUAACGCCAUGUUGCAUCCGCAACAACAGUCGACGUUUAUGCCAGAAGCAGUCGGCGCUAGCGGGGCAAGUCUGGUAACCGUCCACUCGUCCCCUCAACCACCGUCCACAGGAAUGGCGGCGUCUCUUCGUGGCCCAUCCAAUCCCUAUCCGCUUUACUACUUCAAUAUCGAAGUAAAUGGAUCUCCUCACGGUCGUAUCGUCAUCGAAGUGAGACCGGACGUCGCGCCAAAGAUGGCGAAGAAUUUUAGCGUGUUAGCGACCGGUGAGGUCGGAGUCGGUUACAAGGGAUGUACGAUAUUCCAAUGCUGGGAAGGAGAGUCAGUGAUCACGGGAGACUUUGAGCUUAAUAAUGGUCGAGGAGGCAGGAGCAUAUUCGAAGAUGGGUACUUCAUGCCAGACGACACAAAGUUUCCAGCGGUCAGAGGAACCGUGGGAAUGAGAAGAACGCAGAAGCGUCACGAUAAUCUCGGCAUGGUGGGCUCUCAGUUUCGAAUCAUCCUACAAGAAAUGCGAGGAUUCACGGGAAUCUUUGGCCACGUCGUGGAAGGGCUCGAUCUAGUUGAAAAGAUAUCAACGUUUGGUGAUCAGACUGGCAAGCCUACUAAGAAUAUUCUAAUUACGAACUGUGGUAAAUUGUAACGGCUUCUCCAUUACGUUUGGUACCGAAUGGUAACGAAUACCUAAUCAUACCUUACGUUUUUUCCCGUUCUAGGUAAACUAAAGGAAGUGUCGCGACGGUGUCACCGAGAGAAAAUCAAAAAGAAAAAAAAAAGAAACGGGCUUCUUAUGCAUAUUCUUUUUUUUCGUUUUUUUUUUUUCCUAGGUGCGGUAUAGGAAAGUCAUACCGACGAUAAUAUGUAUGGAGAAUCACGCGCGUAUACGUAAUAUCUAACGAAAAGAUAUUAAAUCUCCAUACGUAAGUUCUCAUUGGAAGACACCGUCGCGACAUAUAGUUCCAAACAAAUCGCGAUGCUCCGUAUGAAAUCACACAACUUAAUUAACUAUUUACAAUAGAAUCUAAAGAUGUUGAAUCUAUUUUUAAACGUGGACGCGUUAGAGAAAAUGCUGCUACUACUAAUGAUGAUGAUGAUGACGACGACGACGACGACGACGACGACGACGACGACGACGACGACGACCACGACGACGACGACGACGAUGACGACCACGACGACGAUGACGACGACGACGACGACGACGACGAUGAUGACGAUGAUAAAGAUAUGAAAGAAAGAAGAAAAAAAAAAUAAAUAUCCAUAUUUUGCUAUUGAUCGGGAAUCACGAAGAUUCUAUGUCUACAAUAACGACGAUGAUCGACACAUACGUACCUCAGAUCGAUCGUGAUAUCGAUACGACUUCUAGCUGUACGGUAUUUGUUUUAGAAGAGGUUCGACGUUUAUUUUUGGCUAUCGGCGUAUUGCUACGUAUAGUUUAUAGAGCGUGUCGCGCGCUGCGGAGUGAAAAGUCACGUGGUAUGUCAGGAAGAAAGAGAAAGGUGACAGCGAAACUUCGGCGUGCGCUUCUAAUGUCUUAGGUCGUAGAUAGUAUAAAUCGUGUAAACGGGAAAUAACUAAGAAAUCUUUUUUUGUUUUGUUUGUUUUCUUGAGACAGACGUGCUUACGUGUGUAUUUUCUGCGUACACACGUAUACACGUGAACAAAAGAAAACAUAUUAAGGUCGGGGAUUAAAAUAAGGGUCGAAAGACGCGCUUGACUUCGAAUUAUCCGGUAACUGUGAUUCCGUACGCAGGAUCGUUUUAGAAGUUUAACAAAAACUAUCGAACGAUACGUAGGCAAGUAAGAAGACAAUUCCGUUUCGUCGUCUUAUAAACGAUCGCGUAUCGUUCCAUUCCGGGAGGAAGAGAAAGGAGCCAAAAGGGAAAAAAAAAAAGAAUUAUUUGGGCGUUAAACGUUUAUCCGAAUAGCAUAGAAGGAACGAUGAAGAAAUAUUUUGGGUCCCACCGAGUGAGGCUCCAAGAGAUUAUUCCCUUUUUGCUCUUUCUGUCGACUAGUAAAGUCGUCGUAAAUUAACUGUAUUUAAGGUUAGAUCUCAACAUGCAAAUGUAUACAAGGCCUAACUACUACUAUGUAGACCGUAAGCCUCAUCAUCUGAUCCAGAAGACAAAACGAGUGGAAUUAAUGAAUACAUACGUACAAACAUACACACACACACACACAACACGCAGAGAUAAAUACGUACACGCAUAUACACGGUCACACACAUAUACAUAUUAAACGAAAUCAUUCCUCGAUGCUGUAUAUCGAAGUAUUACGAUAAUGUAAUGCGUUAUAGUAUUCGUCUAAAUCCACGUAAAAUCCCAUCGUUAUAUAUCGUACUAUCUCGUGUACAACGCGUGCGAGUGACGCGUUUCUAAAAGGAAAAAAAAAAAAAAAAAGGAACGUGUAAGAACGAAAUGUGCGUUAAAAUGGCAAGGCACAUUACUUUCACACGUAUGUAGGUACAUAUAUGCACGCCCUCGUCGUCGCGGUUGCCUUUUUUGAAGAGAGCCUCAUUCGAUGUUGAACUUGAAAGUUUUAACACUUGUUGAUUAGCUGAAUAAUGCGUCGCGUGCGAUAGGAACGCAUUAUCGCGGCGACGAACGAAUGUAAGAGAGAAUUGCCGUUAGAAUAAUUACACGAAAGAAAAAAAAUUACACGCAUACGAAAAAGAAACGAACAAACAGCAAGCACGCACGCAGGCACACAACACACACACACACACACACACACACAUACACAAGAAAUACGUACGACGAUAAGGAGGGUGCUCGUGCUCUCGGGUAAAUUUUUCUCGUUUCGGUGCAAAGAAACAAAGCGAAAGCCGAAUAAUAGUAUAGUAUAAUUUUUUUCUCCAGCUGAGAAGAAAAAACAUACGUAAACAAAGUUCGUAUAUAUCACCGAAACGAGCGAAUGCUACAAGACCCACCUCUAUAUACACAAAAUGAAAAAAAAUAUCCCACACGCGCGCGUAUAUAUACUACAUAUAUUUUUAUGAACGUGAGAUGAGGUAACAACGCAUAGCUUGUAAUAUCGAUCUUAAACGACCGACAUUGGUUUACCCUCGCCCCUCGCGUUCGAAUUAAAAACGAUUGAGCGGCUAUAACUCUUAUUAAGUUUUCCCUUGCGAAUCUUCAAAUUCCUUUUUCCUACCUCCGUAUCCCGUGUCCUUCUAUCUAUCUCUUUGUUUACAACGACUUUCGUCUAUACAUCUAUCUAUCUAUUUCUCUCUCUCUCUCUCUCUUUCCUCUUCCUUAUCCCUACCCCUACCUCUCUCCUUCCUCCUAUUACCUUAAGGCGUAAUGAGCAUUAUAAAAAAAAAUCGAAAUAUUUUGUUUAUAGUCUACGGUAAGCGUAUAUCCGUAGGGCUCUCGCUUAAACAAUUUUAUUAUUUCAUUAUACAUGCGUACGAGAUGAACGUUCGUUACCCAACUUAAAUGUACUUUUAAUCGAUGAAUUUUGAGUUAUAAACUGUUUCUCCCUUUCAAA